AUGCAGGAGAGAGGCUGCCUGGAGCAAGAGGUGGAAAGGGGCAUGAAGAAACCAGAAUCCCCCACCCCCACCCUGUGGUCGUUGGUAGGGCCCUCAUAUCAGAUCUUGCACUGGCAGCAAAUGGGGACACAGCAGCUGGACUGGCAGCAGGACUGUCCACAGCCUGAAGAGCAACAGCAGGGUUUGCAGCAGCUGGACUGGCAGCAGCUGGGCUUGCAACAGCUGGAUGGGCAGCAGGACUGUCCACAGCCUGAAGAACAGCAAGGCUGUGGACAGUCCUGCUGCCCAUCCAGCUGUUGCAAGCCCAGCUGCUGCCAGUCCAGCUGCUGCAAACCUUGCUGCUGCUCUUCAGGCUGUGGUCAGUCCUGCUGCCCAUCCAGCUGUUGCAAGCCCAGCUGCUGCAAACCUUGCUGCUCUUCAGGCUGUGGACAGUCCUGCUGCCCAUCCAGCUGUUGCAAGCCCAGCUGCUGCCAGUCCAGCUGUUGCAAACCUUGCUGCUCUUCAAGCUGUGGACAGUCCUGCUGCCCGCCCAGCUGUUGCAAGCCCAGCUGCUGCAAACCCUGCUGUUGCUCUUCAGGCUGUGGACAGUCCUGCUGCCAGUCCAGCUGCUGUGUCCCCAUUUGCUGCCAGUGCAAGAUCUGA